AGGUCAGUGCUGAGAUGACUGUUUAUUGAAAGUGACUUAGACAUCAGAACAUAAAAGUAAAAUUUCAAAAUGUGUCAAUGAAAUCAAACUUUGGGUUGUCUCAAACAGCGAAGGUGAUACCAAUCAGCUGCAACAGAACAAAGAAAGGCUCGCAGAAUGGGCAGGCAAGUGGCAGGUGGAAUUUAAUGCUGAGAAAUGAGAUGUUGCACUUUGGCAAAAACAAUGGGGGAGACAGUAUUGACUUGAUGGUGUGGUUCUAAAGAAUGUAUAGGUACACAAUCACCUUGGGGUUCUUGUGUAUAGUCUCUGAAGGUGGCAAGACAUAUUGAAGAGUAAUUAAUCUGUUCAUCAGAAAUAGUGGCAUACAGUACUGGGGAGGCGGCAGUAGAGUGAUAAUGUCACUGGACUAGUAAUCCAGAAAGCCAGGCUAAUAUUAUGGGUUUUUAGUUCGAAUCCUGCAAUGAAAAGUUGGAAAUUAAAAGCUGGCCAAAUGGUGAUCAUGUAACCAUUAUCGAUUAUUGUAAAAACUAUUAUUCACUAGAAAAUCUGGUUCACUUAUGUAUUUCAGGGAAGGACAUCUUCCAUUCUUACUUGGCCUAGCUCACUCCAGAUUCGAUUCCCAUGGUGUAGUAUAUCCACCAUGAAGGUACAUCUGCAUACAAAAUUUUGUUUAAUUUGCUUACUCACCUUCUUGUUUCACCAUUGCAACCACUGCCAUGAUGAACAUGACCAUGAACAUAAUCAUGAUCAUAACCAUAGUCCUGAAGAAAACCAUAUACAUAAGCACAAUGAUUACCAGAUCUCUGAGGAGUCAUACCUUCAAAAUAAUCCCAGCAAGAGCUCUCUACAUCAUGCAGAAAAUAAGCAAAUGUAUUACAUUCAAAAACUGUUCAGUCGUUAUGGUGAGAAUGGGAAGUUGACCUUUCAUGGUUUAGAGAAACUCUUAUCAAAUUUAGGUCUUGGAGAAGUUAAAGUUGUAGAGGUAGAACAUGAGCAUGAUGAGCAUGACCAUGUUUCGCAUCUGGACUUUUUAGACCUACUCAAACAUAAGCAUGGACACUCCCAUUCACACUCCAAUCACACAGCACGUGACCAAACAAUACCAAUUACUAAAGUGAAAGUAGGGCAUUGUAAAAACUCUGACAGUCAGAAUGCACAUACCAUUUUGACCACCCCCAUUGCUUACCAUCAACCUCGGCAUCAUCACCGCAACCACCAUCGAGGUGCACCUCAUUCUGCAGGCUUGCAGAUUCAUAAAGAGGGAGAACAACUUCCUGACCUUUCAGGCAUUAACACAUUACAACAGCAACCCAAAAAAAGAUCCAAAAAACGCAAAAAGCAUAAAGGUUUAGCAAAACAUCCAGAAAUUACAUUAACUGCAUCUCCUGAAGAACCCUUCAAUAUUAUGUCCAAGCCUGAACAUAAGGAUGAGCAUCUUCGUGCUCCUGAGGACAAAACAACUUCUCAACAUAGAGCAAGGAAAGAUUUGAGCUCCUCAAAAAUGAGUCAUGAAGAUCACCUGGAAUCUGAGCUUGUAUACGAUCAGUGCUUGAAUGUCUCUCAACUGCUGCAGAGCUAUGGUCUUAGCACAAAUUCUGGGAUUUCUACAGUGGAGUUUACCUACCUAUGCCCUGCUUUGCUAUUCCAAAUUGAUAGUAGAGUUUGUAUCCAGUAUCAUGAUGAAUUAAGUAUGGAGCCUGUAGACAACCAAGAUUCUGUGUUACCAGUUAUUUCUUACACAGUUUGGAUUUGGGGACUGCUGUCAAUCACCAUUAUAAGCUUGUUAUCAGUUCUGGGUGUUGUCCUUGUACCUAUCAUCAAUCAAGUGUGCUUCAAGUAUCUUCUGACAUUCCUAGUGGCUCUGGCAGUGGGGACCCUUAGUGGUGAUGCAUUACUGCAUCUUAUGCCACAUUCACAAGGCAACCAUGAUCAUAGUCAUCAUGACCAUAACCACGAUCAUGACCAUGAUCAUAAUCAUACUCAUGGAAAUCAUGAAAUCUCUGAAGAUCUCCUCACAGUACAUAGUGGAUUGUGGAAAGGACUUACAGCUCUGGGUGGUAUCUACCUCCUUUUCAUCAUUGAACACUGCAUCGGCAUAUUCCGUGAUCGCAGAGCCAGCAUGAACAAAAAGAAAUGGCGCAAGCAGAAAGUUCUGAGUGGAGAGGCAGCAGUGGGCCGAAAAUUGUCAGACCAUCAAUUGAAUCGUAGAUCAGAAGGUGAAUGGCUUGACCUUAAGACCAUGUCUGGAACAGACCAACUGGAUGGCUUUGGUGAGCAACAUGAUAUAACCCAGGUUACUGACCUUGAUGGUACCUUAGGAUCCCCAUCAAAGAUAUCUGUUGCCCCUGAUUUAAAGUCUGUUUACAUUCAUGACUCACAAAGUGAAAUUGAUUAUUGUGCUGCUAACUAUGAUGUUAAAGUGAAACCUAAAAAACAUUCAAACCAUUCGCAUCAUUCACAUGGCCACUGCCAUUCUAAUAAAGAGAUGCAAGAUGCUGGAAUAGCGAAUAUUGCUUGGAUGGUUAUCAUGGGAGAUGGCAUGCAUAACUUCAGUGAUGGCCUGGCAAUAGGAGCUUCUUUCAGUGCUUCCAUCACCGGGGGGCUGAGCACUUCCAUCGCAGUAUUUUGUCAUGAGCUUCCUCAUGAACUAGGUGAUUUUGCUGUUCUGAUUAAUGCUGGAAUGUCUGUGAAACAGGCCAUUGUUUAUAACCUCUUGUCAGCUCUGCUUGCAUAUGUUGGUGUAGUAAUAGGUAUAGCUGUGGGACAGUAUACUCAUAACUUAACCCAGUGGAUCUUUGCUAUCACUGCGGGCAUGUUCCUCUACGUGGCAUUGGUGGAUAUGUUACCAGAAAUGCUCCACCGUCCUACAGAUAACCAUAUUCAAGCUAAGUUUGGGCACUUUGCUCUACAGAAUGCUGGGAUGCUCUGUGGCUUCGCCAUUAUGCUGCUAAUUGCCAUUUUUGAGGAUCAAAUCAAAAUCCACUUCUGACAGUUUUGGUGAUAAUAUAUGGUCUUGUUUGCCUUAUUCGGUGGUACUUAACUUUGUAAAGCAAAUUGUGACAUAUUUGUUAGGACAGUAGAUUACUUUUCACAGCAACUGCUGUUUGUUCGUUGGUUUGACGCACGGUUACCUCCGUG